AGUGAGUGAGGCUCAGGCUGCUCUGUUUGAAUGGGAUGAUCCUGUGCAUGUCUGACGUCCUGGGAGAGUUCCAGGAGCUGCGGAUGAAUUCCGCACGAAGGCGCUGAGGCUCCAGUCAGACUGACGCCGCGGCGCUCGCUCCAUCCAAACACACGCGCUGUACACCUCCAAUCGGCGCGAGACUCUCGCGGAAUUACCCCACUACGUGGAUUGUUAUUCGAUUCGUCACAUUAAGAUUAAACGGCUGGCUGCCUGACGAAAAAAUCACCGUCAGGGGGUUUAUUCUAUACCCGCCUGCAUCUUGGCUGUAAAGACAUAAACUGAAGCUCCUAGGUUGGAGUGAUUUAAAACAGAUUUGCCACAAACUUUGAGAAAAAUCCAUUACAAGAUGCACUCCACUACAUCCAUCACGUCCCUCUUCUCCUUCACCAGUCCAGCUGUGAAAAGGCUGCUGGGCUGGAAACAAGGAGAUGAGGAGGAAAAGUGGGCGGAAAAGGCUGUGGAUUCCCUCGUAAAGAAACUCAAGAAGAAAAAAGGGGCCAUGGAAGAGCUGGAAAAGGCCCUGAGCUGUCCUGGCCAGCCCAGUAAAUGCGUUACCAUUCCUCGGUCCCUGGACGGAAGGCUCCAGGUGUCCCAUCGUAAAGGUCUGCCACAUGUUAUCUACUGCAGAGUGUGGCGCUGGCCGGAUCUUCAGUCCCACCAUGAACUCAAAGCCCUGGACUGCUGUGAGUUUCCUUUCGGCUCUAAGCAAAAGGAAAUCUGUAUCAAUCCAUAUCAUUACCGCCGUGUGGAGACGCCAGUUCUGCCCCCAGUUCUUGUGCCACGUCACAGUGAGUUCAAUCCCCAGCACAGCUUAUUGGCAAAGUUCCGAAAUGCUUCCCUGCACAAUGAGUCUCUCAUGCCCCAGAAUGCCACUUACCCCGACUCCUUCCCAUCGAUACCCUGUAGCUCAUUCUCUUCAUCCCCCUCCAGCUCUUUAAACCAGUCCCCGACAGCGCAUAGCUACCCCAACUCCCCCAGCAGUGGGACGGACCCUGGGAGCCCCUACCAAAUUACAGCAGAGACACCUCCACCACCCUACAGUAUGAUGGAGACCUCUCCACCUGAGGAUGUGAAACCAGGGGAGUCCUCCAACCCUAAUAAACUCAUUCUGUCAGCCCCUCAUAGAGACUUGAGGCCGGUGUGCUAUGAGGAACCAGAAUACUGGUGUUCAGUGGCGUAUUAUGAACUAAACAACAGGGUUGGCGAGACGUUCCAUGCCUCUUCCAGAAGCAUCCUCGUGGACGGCUUCACAGACCCCUCAAACAACAAGAACCGCUUCUGCCUCGGAUUACUGUCCAACGUCAACCGAAACUCCACCAUUGAACACACUCGCAGACACAUAGGCAAAGGUGUGCACUUGUAUUACGUCGGGGGAGAGGUGUAUGCAGAGUGUCUGAGUGACAGCAGUAUUUUCAUACAGAGUCGGAACUGUAACUACCAGCAUGGUUUCCAUCCCACCACCGUCUGCAAGAUCCCAAGUGGAUGCAGCCUAAAGAUCUUCAACAACCAGCUGUUUGCCCAGCUGCUGUCACAGUCUGUCAAUCAUGGCUUCGAGGUGGUGUAUGAACUUACCAAGAUGUGCACCAUCAGGAUGAGCUUUGUCAAGCCACCUAGAACAGCAUAGCAACACCCUGCCUACCUCCAGCAGAAGAACCAACUCAUUAGUCACUAGUCAAAUCUGCGCUGGAAAAUAAAAUUACACUAGUUCUAAGGUAUGCUUCUGAUUCACUUAAAAGAACUGAAUCAGUGUAGAAUCCGUUUACACUGGUUGUCCUAGAUGCAUUUGAUUCACCUAGAAGAACCGGCUCAUUUGUUCAGAAAUCAGACUACACUGGUUGAGCUGUAUGCUUGUGAUUCAUCUAUCGCAAAUUCAGAAAAGUCAUCAACGUCAUUCACAAGCUUACAUCUCUUAAGGGGGUUUGCACUUCCAAAUAGAAAUCUUCUAUGUGUUGCUAUGCAAACUUAAUAUGUAGUUAUUCUAAUCGCAGGCUUGCUGUUUUAUGGAUGUCGCUCUGCCAAAACAGACUGCAGAUCCCAUAGCUCUAAGAGUUCUCCAGUUACUGACUGAUGCGACUUCACCCUGCUUGAUUUAUAUGCAUCCACACAAAAAAAACUAUCAAUUGAUUGUGACCAUUUCUAAGCUAAAAUAUGAAUUAAAUGCAAGGUUCGGGGAAACAAGUUUGCAAUUAUUUUUGUAAAUCCUUUAGGUGUUGCUGGUCAAUUGGAAAUUAAAUAUUUUAAAUAUUUGUAUCAUUGUUGUUGAUUUGGUUUUAAAACCUGCUUGUUGCUUUAGACAUUGAAUAAACACGCCCAAGUAUUGAGAAUGAAAUCUG